CUGAGUUGAGCUGAGCUGUGCUGACUACUUCCACCUCCAUAGAAACGGAUCAAGUUGGACUUGAAUUUUCUCCUUAGAAAACACCAAAACAUACAGGCUCACCCACACCUCCUUCAGAUAGAUGAGAAGAUACAGGGAGAUCUCAUUUGAAAGCAGUGAACAGCUCCUAUUCUUCACAUUGGUUUGAUCACUGCGUCUUUCGACAUUGCUAGCCCUGAGAGUGACGAGUCUAGCUGACAUAUUGGGAAAACUUUGUAUUCAUUUUUUUCCCGAACCCAUGAAAAUCACGUUUUCUUUGUGGACAAUGAUGCGACAAGCAACCAUCUCCUCGGUGGUGUUUCUAUCUUGCACUGUCAUGCUGGUGCAGGGUGGAUGCCCGCGGCAGUGCUCGUGCCCCACCUCGCCGCCCUCAUGCCCACCAGGUGUCAGCUGGGUGACAGACUCCUGCGGCUGCUGUAAGGUGUGCGCCAGGCAGUACAACCAGGACUGCAGCCCUAGCCAGCCCUGUGACCACAUCAAGGGCCUGCACUGCCACCUAGGGUCUGGAGGAGACCCGGAGACAGGACUGUGUCGAGCUGAGGCCAUGGGUCGUCCCUGUGAGCUGAACGGCCGGGUCUACCAACACGGGGAGGACUUCCAGCCCAGCUGCCAGCACCAGUGCAGCUGUAUGGACGGCGUGGUGGGCUGCAUGCCCCUGUGCCCACACCAGGUACCACUACCAGGUUGGCACUGCUCCCGGCCCCGGCUGGCCAGGCUGCCAGGACGCUGCUGCGAGGAGUGGCUUUGUGACGAUGACAACCAUAUCAAGGAGGACUCCAGAGAGGUUGACCACGCUCCACCUCCUUCCCCACCCCAGCACCCUGAUCUUGCCAGCAAUGAGCUGCUCAUGGCUCCCACCCCCUGGGACUCAAGUGCUGGAGCGUCAUAUCAAGAGUGGAUCUCCUCCCCGCAGUCCCAUGCCUUACUUCCCUCAACCUGCUUCCUGCAAACCACUGAUUGGUCGCCUUGCUCAGCCACGUGUGGGAUGGGUGUGUCCAGCCGAGUAACCAGUAGCAACGCUGAGUGUCGGUUGGCCAGAGAGACACGACUGUGCCAGAUCCGGCAGUGUGAUCUUGCACUCACCCCUUCUCCCAAGAAAGGAAAGAAGUGCCAACGCACAAUACGUCCUCGCAAACCUGUCCGGAUCAAGUUCACCGGCUGCUCUACAGCUCGCCAGUAUCGUCCUCGUUCCUGUGGCUUGUGUGCCGACGGCAGCUGCUGCACUCCUUCUCUGACGCGCACGGUGAACCUUCACUUCCGCUGUCCCGGAAGCAGGCAGGACUUUACCCGUAGAGUCAUGUGGAUCCAGCGUUGCCGCUGCAGUCAGAGCUGCCAAAGUCAAGGGCUUGCCUCCCCGGGCUCUCUCAGUCUGCCUAACGACAUUCAUACCUUCUCCCACUGAGCCCCAUGUCUAAACACUAGCAUUUCUUGCCACAAGAACAUGCCCUUGACUUGACUCUGGCCCUCGACUCUAGGGUUCACCCUUGUCCUAAUCUCACUGUCUCCUUCCCUCGUUCCAAAAAUGUUUCCUGUUCCCUAACCCCAGGGUUUAUUUCUGCCGUAGCCUCUUUACCCCAGUCUGUGUUCCUUUACCCCAGGACUCCCCCUGACCCUGUCUCCAGUCUGUGUUCCUUUACCCCAGGACUCCCCCUUCCCUGUCUCCAGUCUGUGUUCCUUUACCCCAGGACUCCCCCUGACCAUGUCUCCAGUCUGUGUUCCUUUACCCCAGGACUCCCCCUGACCCUGUCUCCAGUCUGUGUUCCUUUACCCCAGGACUCCCCCUGACCCUGUCUCCAGUCUGUGUUCCUUUACCCCAGGACUCCCCCUGACCCUGUCUCCAGUCUGUGUUCCUUUACCCCAGGACUCCCCCUGACCCUGCCUCCAGUCUGCCCUCACCCCAUACAGAAGGCUCCAUCAGCUGGAGGAAGGACACUGAUGCGAUGUAGUGAACUGUUUUACUCUUACAGCUGCCUAAUUGUGUACCCAACACUUUCUCUCGCUCAUUCUCUCACGGGUGGUAACUCCCCCCAUAAUCCAACAAAUCAGCACCUCCAUAUAACGUCAGUGAUGGACUGAGUGACUGAAUUUAAAAGACAGUUGGGGGUGCUUCUGUGUUACUGUAGUUUGGAAUGGUGAAUUGUACUCUGUGGGACUGUACUUAUAACUACCCAAAGAGAAAGGUUAGACUGAAUAUCAGACAGGCAAUCUCACAGAGACAUUUGCGUAGCAUCCCUUCUGACAAACGCCUUUAUAGCCUUUACGCCUUUUCACUUGUCUGUUUUGCUUGUGUUCAGUAAGUGACAGAUCUGUGGGCGAUUGUGUCAUUCUACAAAUGACCUCUGUCAGUGGACCUCCUAUCAAAUUUGAUGGGCAAGAAUAUAAAUGCACAGGUGUUCAUGGUUUACACUCUGAAAUAUGAAUCAUCAUUGUUAUAGACACAGAGGUUUUAAAUGGACCUUUGUAAGUUAUUCAUGUUUAAUUAUUGAAGCGAUGACUUGUAAAUAUGUAUUUACUAUACUUUGUACAGUUAGGCAAUGUUGAUUUGUUUGUCAUUAGGUAUAUAUGUCUGUUUCGUAUCGUCUCUAUCUGUACAGACUUCACUUAACGAUGGAGUGACAUGUUUUGGAUAUUACCUCCUUUUUCGAGGUGCACAGAAUAUAAACAAUAGUGGACCGAGAAUGUAAUAUGUUAAUUUAUAUCACUUUAUUUUGAUUAAUAUAUUCAAUAAAUGUCUUAUAAUGAAAGUGCCUCUUGUAAAAAAAAAAAACGCCAUGAAAAUAUAUGUAUUUCUACAAAAACAAAUGUGCGUGAUAUUUCCCAUAAUUUGUGUCCCACUUUUCUGUUUACCAGUAAACACACACCUAGUCUGUGAUAUGGUUUGAUUACUCUACAGUAUUACAUGUAUUAUUUUGUAUAGAUAUCAUUACUAGAUAUUUGUGUACAAAUAUGAUAUAGUCUCCAUUGUCAAUCCCAAAUCAGUGAAUCAGAUUUUUAUAAUGAGACCCAGAAGAGAGCCAGGUGGAACACCCUGAAGCUGACUGGGGGACGGACAGGGGAAGGUUUCAAUAAGAGACUAGUGGGACGGAGAGACCCACCUGAGAGUGUUAUUUGCUGUGGAACUGUGGACUCGGGUUAAGGCCUCGGUUCAAGUUCCUGUAGGUUAGUACACAGCGCCCAGGCCCAGUUUCACAUGGCAAACAUUGCAGCCGUCUCACAAAUACCACACACUGUAUCCUUGUUUCUCAGACCCGACACUCUCCCCCGCGCUCUGUGACUAACUAUCCACACUGACCUCCCCACACCAUGCCGAUGCAUACUUGAUGUCAGCCGUGAUGCCAAGGAUGAUUACUUCUACUGCUGCCACUACUACUGCAUGCCACUAAUACCACCAUGACGACCACUGCUGCAAUUACUAGCAUGGUACUACCACCCAUACUGCAAGAGCAACAGCAACAACAAAAUAUUGUAGCAGUGGUCGUAGAAAUCUUGGUGUUAUUCACUACAGUUAUGAAUAAAUUAAAUAUUUACCAGGAAACCUUAAAGUCUAACCUUAAAGUGUUGUGAGAAGAGGCACUUGUGUUUUUACAGAAACUAGAUUCGGUUUUUUUACAUACUAGUGUGGCAUUCCCUUUGGUAUUCCCUUUUUUGUCCAAGACUCAUGUUGUCAAUAUUGAGGUAGAAAGUCUUACAUU